UAAAGAUCUAUAACAAUGGCUGAGCCGAAAGCCGCCUCUGCCCCCAAAAAGGGUUCGAAGAAAGCCGUUUCUAAGAGCCAAGCCAAGAGUGGGAAAAAACGAAGAAAGUCCAGGAAAGAAAGUUAUUCCAUCUAUGUGUACAAGGUAUUGAAGCAAGUUCAUCCCGAUACUGGCAUUUCAUCUAAAGCAAUGGGAAUCAUGAACUCGUUUGUGAACGACAUCUUCGAGCGCAUCGCCGGAGAAGCUUCUCGCCUAGCACACUAUAAUAAACGCUCAACCAUUUCUUCCCGCGAGAUCCAGACUGCUGUAAGGCUCCUACUACCGGGAGAGCUAGCUAAGCACGCUGUGUCCGAAGGCACUAAGGCUGUUACCAAGUAUACCAGCUCCAAAUAAUCUUCAAGACUACUUUUGCUUGAAACUGAACGGCUCUUUUCAGAGCCACA